AUGUCAACUCUGGAGAAGUGUGAUUAUCAGUACCAGGUACAAUUUGAAUGCACUCUCUGUCUCUCUCCUACUUUAACUCUAUCUCCCUCCCUUCCUAAUCUGAGAGUUCCCCCACUCUCUCACUCUCUCUCUGUGCUUCCUUCCCUAUAUAACACUUUCUCUCUCUGUGCUUCCCUCCCCAGUUUGACACACACACACUCUCUCUCUCUCUCUCUCUCUACCUCCCUCUCCAGUGAUAUCCUCUCUCUCUGUGUCUCCUUCCCUCCUCAGUUUGAUACUGUCUUUCUCUCUCUCUGCUCUUUUUCCAGUUUGACACUGUCACUCUCUCUGCCUCCCGCUCAGUCUGACACUCAUUCUCUAUCUCUCUGUUCUGACACAGAUUCUCUCUCUUUCUCUCUCUUUCUCUGUUCCCUCCCCAUCAGUUUCUUUCUUUGUCUCCCUCCCCAGUCUGACACUGUCUCUCUCACUCUGCUUCCUUCACAAUCUGACACUCUCAUUCUCUCUCUUUCUGCUUCCCUAACCAGUUUGACACUCUCUCUCUCUCUCUCUCUGCUUCCUUCCCAGUCUGACACUCUCUCUCUCUCUGCUUCCCUCCCUAGUUUGACACUGUUUUUCACUCUCACUCUCUCUGCCCAGUCCAACACUCCUCCCUCUGUCCAACCCUCCAUUUUUCUCUCUCUCUGCUUUCCUCCCCAGUCCAACACUAUUUCUCUCUCUCUGCUUUCCUCCCCAGUCCAACACUAUUUCUCCCUCUGCCCUCCCCAGCUUCCCCCUCUCCUCUCUGACACUGUCUGUCUCUCUCUCUCUCUGCUUCCUUCCCAGUCUGACACUCUUUCCCUCCCUACUUUGGACACUCUCUGCUUUCUCCCCAGUCCAACACUUUUGACACUAUUUCUCUCCCUCUGCUUCCCUCCCUACUUUGACACUGUUUAUCACUCUCUCUCUCUCUCUCUCGGCUUCCUUCCCAGUCUGACACUGUUUCUCUCACUCUCUCUCUCUGCUUUCCUCCCCAGUCCAACACUAUUUCUCUCCCUCUGCUUCCCUCCCACUCUGACACUGUCUCUCUCUCUCUCUCUCUCUCUCUCUGCUUCCUUCCCAUUUGACACUGUUUAUCACUCUCUCUCUCUCUCUCUCUCUGCUUCCCUCCCUAGUCUGACACUGUUUCUCUCACUCUCUCUCUCUGCUUUCCUCUCCAGUCCAACACUAUUUCUCUCCCCUCUGCUUCCCUCCCACUCUGACACUGUCUCUCUCUCUCUCUCUCUCUCUGCUUCCUUCCCAUUUGACACUGUUUAUCACUCUCUCUCUCUCUCUCUCUCUUUUCCUCCCCAGUCCGACACUAUUUCUCUCUUCCUCUGCUUCCCUCCCACUCUGACACUUUUGACACUGUUUAUCACUCUCUCUCUCUCUCUCUGCUUCCUUCCCAGUCUGACACUGUUUCUCUCACUCUCUCUCUCUGCUUUCCUUCCCAGUCCGACACUAUUUCUCUCUCUUCCUCUGCUUCCCUCCCACUCUGACACUGUCUCUCUCUCUCUCUGCUUCCUUCCCAGUCUGACACACACUCUCUCUCUCUCUGCUUCCCUCCCUAGUUUGACACUGUUUAUCACUCUCUCUCUCUCCCUGCUUCCCUCCUCUAUCUGA